AUGAAACUACCGUACUUGAAGGCGGUCGUUCAGGAAUUACUCCGUGUCUGCCCGACACUUGCUGUGCCGAUGCUGCGAUUUGCACCGUCGUUUCUCAUGUUUCGACAGAUCGGCAUGAAUGCUAUGGUCGUGCAGUUCGACAUGGACGUUUUCGGCGAAUAUGCUCAUAAAUUCAGGCCUGAGAGA